CGUGUUUUAUUUUCUUUCUUAUCAAAAAAACAAUUAAAAUUCUCUCAUGCGAUCUUGUUAUUUUAUUCAGUUUAAACCUUGCGAGUCACGACAACUGACUGACAGCCCCAAUCCACCUUCCUCUCUCUCUCUCACUCAGCCUUACGUGUGCGUGCCUUCUCCGUCUCUGAUCCGAGGAGCUCGACGGCUUUCCUUUCUGGGUCGUCUCCCUGUCCUUACCUUCCUUUCUGUCUUCCUUCGUCGAUCCGCUUGUUCUUUUUGUUCUUUCAGGUGUAAUCUCUCGACCUUCAUCUGUAGUCGUCGUGAAGAGUUGAAGGAUUUGAUGAGAUGCAUGCUGAUUCGGUUGUUAAUGCAAAUUGUCCUGAUAAAGGAUAUCUUCAACAAUCUGUUUACUAUACAUCAGAAACGCUGCCAUCAAAUUCACAGGAUGAUUCUGAUGUCCAAAAUGGAACCACCGGUAGUAUCUCAAGUGCAGAAAGCAGUCCAAAAUCUCUUACUUCAGAAAACUUGAAUGAUUUGAAGUCUACUGACAUAAAUGACGACUUGACUAGUGAAUCUCCUGAGUCUAUACCUGAUACAAAAAUGGAGAAGAAAAUAAUAAUGAAGGUGCCUUUUUUGGAAUUUAACUUCUCAGCAGUUGGCCUACCAAGGCUCCAACACCCAAUAGGAAAAUCAACUUCAAUAGCCAGCCAAAAGCGACCUGUCUUACCCCCCAUUAACUCCACGCCAAAUGGAAGAACACCGAGUAUAAAUGACAGACCCAUGACAAGAGAUAAAUUAACCUGGAACCCACAGCAUGAAAAGUCACGAGAACUAACUCAUGGUCCUUUAUUAGCUAGCCAAAAACGACCUGUCUUACCCCCCAUUAACUCCCAGCCAAAUGGAAGAACACACAGUAUAAAUGACAGACCCAUGACAAGAGAUAAAUUAACCUGGAACCCACAACAUGAAAAGACACGAGAACCAACUCAUUGUCCUUCAUUUGCUAGCCAAAAACGACAUGUCUAUCCCGCUACUAGCUGCCAUCCAAUUGGGAGAGCACAGAGUUUGAACGAUAUACCUAUGCCUUUGUCAAGAGAUAAAUUAAAUUCGAAUGCAAGAUUUGAAAAGUCACCAGAACUAACUUAUGGUCCUUCAUUGGCCAGCGACAAGCAUGUCUUUCUCCCUCCUGAUUUCCAGCCAUGGGGUGGAACACAGAGUACAAAUGAUAGACCUGGGUGGAGUGACAAAACCGUGUCAAAAGAUCAACCAAGUUGGAGCACAGAACUUGAAAUGUCACCAGAACUAAUUCGUGGUCCCAGGUGUUAUGACAGGAACUUGCAGUCAGAGCCAUCAUCUGUUAAGCAAACGUUUGGUUUUUCAAUCUCUAGAGAUAAAUAUAACCUUCAAGAAUUUCAGACUCAAUAUGAAAAUGCUAAUUUCUAUGUAUUGAAAUCUUUUAAUGAAGAUGACAUCCAUAAGUCCAUUAAAUAUAAUGUUUGGACAAGUACUUCAGUUGGAAAUAAGAAGCUGAACGCAGCUUUCCUAGAUGCUGAAGCUAAAUCAAGGGAGACAGGCAAGAAGUGUCCAGUAUUCCUCUUCUUCUCUGUCAAUGGCAGUGGACAGUUUGUUGGAGUAGCUGAGAUGAUUGGACCAGUAGAUUUCAACAAAGAUAUGAGGUUCUGGAAAGGGAAAAAAUUCUAUGGUUUCUUUCCAAUCAGGUGGCACAUAAUUAAGGACGUGCCCAACACUCAGUUUCGGUACAUUGUCCUUCCAAACAAUGAUAACAAGCCCGUAACUUACAGUAGGGAUACACAAGAGGUUGGACUGAAGCAGGGCAUGGAAAUGCUUAAUAUUUUCAAGAGGUUCUUAGCAAAAACAUCUCUGCUGGAUGAUUAUGACUUCUAUACCAAUCGAGAUCCCAAAAAAAAGGGCGUCUCCUGCUCAAAGUAGUACGAAGCACACAACUGUACAAAGGAAUCACCCUUCUUCUACGACUGCUAUAUGAUUACGGAGGGAGAUAAGAUGAAAUCAGGUUGCUUCUGCCCAGAUGCUAAUGCAUCUCUCUCUCUCUCUCUCUCACACGCGCACACACAAUGAGAAUCUGUUCAUAUGCUUAAAGUUUUUAUUGUUAAAAAAAAAAAAAACAGCCCGUCAAUCAUUCCUAUCACUAUUUCAGUUCGUUUUAUAUGAUCCUAGAGUUACCCCCUCCUUUUUUUUGUGUUGUUUUUUUUAUUCCUUUUAAAAAUAGGGUUGCAUAGAACAAUCAGUUCAAGUUCUACUUGUUGAGUUUUAAUACAUUAUUAGGUUCAAGCUUAUGCUUUGUCAGGUAAAAUCAGAAUAAAAAAAGUCAAAUAUUGGGAAACAAAUUCAUGUAGGAAUGAAUAAAUGUUGCGUCU